UUGUCUUUAAUCCACGUUUUGGGAACGCGGUCACGUGACAUUUAGCGCAAUCCUAUUCAGGUGGUGUAGUUUAGUGUUGCUAAGGUCUCUACACAGAAACACCAGUUCCGUUUUUCAUUCUUUUUUCCACAAAGACAGGAUUUCAGCCCCGUCUUGCUCUUACGAUAUGAUCAUGAUUUCUGAAGAUUUGUUUGGGCUGUUGCUGUUGUGUGUGUUACAAGUUGGUACUGGGGUCAACGUCCCUCCUGGGACCUUCAAGACAGAAUGUCGUGACCGUUAUUUCUGGGUGUCCGUGAAGUCCAGUUUCAUCGGGGAGAUGUUUCGCUUUGACAUCAUGGAUGGAGCCAGAGUCCGCUCUCUCACUGAGCAGGAAGCAGCAGAGUGCGGUUUUACUGUGGUGUUCAACACGCCUGGGGAUCUCAUUUUCCGGGCGUCGUUCUUGGCUUGUCAUGUGGAGAGCAAGGGCGACGAGGAGUUCUGGCUGGGGUUCUGGUUCGUAAACGUGGAUGAUUUCGGGUGGGAGACGUCCUACCCCUUCCAGAUGACCUGCCAACCCAGGUCUCCGUGGAAACCUCGCGAGAUCGUCUGCGAGGAGAAUUACAUGGAGGUGUCCGUGAGGAAGGACAGCCCAGCCAUCACCCACCAGGGGCUCAGCAGAACUAAAUGGGCAGCUGUCUUCCCCUCGGUGGAGCAGGCGCUGAUGUCGGAGUGGAAGGUGGUUUUCCAGGUGUCCGGGAGGGCGGAGCAGUCCAUGAGUCCCUCGGAGGCACGGGCCUUGGGGUAUUACUUCAACUCCACCUGCAGCAGGGUCCUGUUUCGCUGCCCGUACUCUACUAUCCUGUCUGAGACUCUGGAGGAUGAGGGGAUCCCAGUAGAGACCGUGCGGGCCACUGUCUUCUACAAGCGACAGUGGAUGCUGCUGAUGUUUGAUGUCACCACAGCCUGCCCCCAGAAUGAGGCCACCUUUGAUGGCACGCGCCUCUCCUGGGCCGUCCCCCAGGUGCUCUCCCCUCUCAUCCAGGACAGGCGCUGGUUUCGGGACAGGGGGGCGCGGGUCGGAGUGGAGGGACGGCUGUUGGAAAACCUCACUGUCCAGGACAGGGGGAUUGAGCUGAGUGUCCGCAAUGGCCUAAUGGAAGUCUGGAUCCCAUUCGGAGCCGAGGGAGGCUAUGUGACGAGCCGAGUUAUCGAUAACCAGUACAACCGCAUCUACGACAUUGACCUGUUCUUUGUGCACCUGUGGGAGGACGAGCGGGGGGAGCUGACACAACAUCGCUGCUUCAGACCCCUCAGCAGUCCGUACAUCCCCUACACCCCCAUUCUCACCAAUGACACUGUCCCAGCUGAGCAGAUUUUCACCAUCAUCCUGGGAGGUUUCUACUUGGAUGUCUCGCUUCAGAACUUGACCGUUGGAGGUGAGGACCUAACUCUGGCCCAGGCCCGCAACCGUGGCUUCGAGAUAACCGUGACGGCCUUCCCCAAUGAUACACAAGCCUUCAUCCUCAAGGUUCCCUUCACAGACCCUCUCGUCUCGCAGGAGUACGUUGGAGGAGGUUUCAGGAGGUACACCCUGACUUUCAACACCACCCUGCUUGUUAAACCGCAGGGCGAGGUCUUCUUUUACCCAGCUACCGUUGUGUGUGACUUGAAGGACAUUGUGCUUCCCCGAUUCGAAGGGAUCUGCUUGGAUGCGGCUGUCCGUGUGCUCAUGUACUAUGGGAAUCCGGCCGGCCGGUGGGAGGCGUACAUCGGGGAACGCCGGCUUGACUGGGACGUGGUGGACAGAGACUGCAUCCUGGAGAGACACAAGACUCACUUCAGUAUAGAGAUUCCUCUCUUCAGCUCCAGCAUGACUUAUGAGGAUCUGAGCCUGCAAGGUGUAGUGGCAAAAGUGGAAGUCCGGCUAGUAGACACGGAGACUUGGGCUGUGGCCAGCAUGUUUGUGCACCGGUGCACCUUUCCUGUGGGAGAACUUCUGGUGUGCAUGCCCGAUGGCGUGAUGAUGGUACUGGCGGAGUUGUCCGACCCCCGACCCCGGAUUGACCCCAGACAGACCACCCUGCUGGACCCAGACUGCAAGCCUGAAGAAACGGAUGCCACCAGGGCUCUCUUCCGUUUCAGAGUCAACGCCUGUGGAACAAUACAGAUGGUGGAGAAGGGUUUUCUCAUCUACGAGAACGAAGUGAGAUACACACAGAAACUCUUCCCAACCUUGGAUCCCAUGAUCAACCGAGAUUCGGAAUACAGGCUGACAAUCCGCUGCCGCUAUCCGGCCAACGAUACGCGAUCCCUGGCUUUCCGCAGAGCAUUCACGCCCCUCCCAGCCGCGACCCCAGGGAACCAGAGCGAGCCUUUCCUCAGAGGUCAGAGGAGACCGCGGGACGUCCCGAUCCUGAGAGCCCGCUUUGCAACAGACGAGACCUUCAGCUCCUUCCACUCCACCUACCCCAUCCCCGUCGCUCUCUGGGGGCACCUGUACCUGGAGCUGGAGCUCACAGAUCACCCCGCCUCCUCCGACCGGCUCCUCCUGUGGGACUGCUGGGCAACUGAGACCCCAGAGGCGAAGGGAGAGCCUCGUCUGGACCUGCUGUCUAAUGGGUGCCCGCAGGGUGGUGAUGCCUACAAGGUCAGAGUGCUGCCAAGCCACAGUUCUGAGAAUGCCAGCGGUCCCUCCAGCAGGCUGGAGAUUCAGGUGUUGCCACCAGAGGGGAACAGCGCCACCUGGAGACAGGCCUAUUUCCAUUGUUCAGCAUUGCUCUGUGACUCUGCAGGUAGUGUGUGCUACAGGGCCUGCUCACCUGGACAGAGUCCUGAUGCCCUGUCCUUCUCUAGUCCUACAGCGUUUGUGUCUGCUGGGCCAGUACAGAUGGUUCCAGCACCAGUGGAGAAGCCCCUGUCCCCCACCGUGCUCCUGGUGGGAGUGCUGUUGGCCUCGGCUGGGGUCCUGCUUCUAUCUGCUGUGGGCGCGGCUGUCAGAGUCCGCUCGAGAAAUGCUGAACAUUUCUAAUAAAGCUUUUC